UGUGAUGGCAGGUCCUUCCAGACACAGUAAGCCAGGCCAUGAAGCCACUUAGCAACCAAGGACCAUGGAUAAGGUUUGGUUUUUGUAUUAAAAACCAGAUAUGAGGUGAGCUGAAUUGUUUAAGCUUGUAUUUUUAAGCUCUGUCGCUUUAUAACAUAACUAACACAUGCACUUUUCCUUUGUUAUUGUCUUUCUUAGUUAGUGUAUACGUUAAAUGUAUUAUUUUUUUGGCUUGAAUAAUCUUGUAUCAGUUUCUAUGGUUGAGAAAGGUGGAGAGGAGUAAACGACAGACAGACAUUGACCAGCCGCACAGCAAAGGGGAGAGCAUUGCAAGGAUCCGGAUGCAGAGUACAUGUAUACACUAUGACAACAGGCCAACAAUAGACAAAUUGCUUGGCAAAAAUCAGUCCCGCUGUAUGAGUCAACUGGAUGACUCUUCAAUGCGAGCAAGAGUAAGGAUGGACAACAGUCCUAACUUGGAAUUGAGGAAUUGCCUCUAUCCUUCUGCUUGGAAGCAAUCUGGACAUCAAAGAGAGAGUCCAGACCACCGCGGCCAAUUCUACAGAAGAGGAUUUAGUUAUCACGGAGCAAUAUUGAAUAGGAGUUUGCCGAACCAACAACUGCCAACUUUGGACGAUGCGCUUGUAUGACAGUAGGACCCACCAGAAGCAGCAAGAUACGAAGCCACUUUGCAACCAAGGACCACAGAAAAGGUUUGGUUUUUGUAUUAUAAACCAGAUAUGAGGUGAGAUGAAUUGUUUCUUUAGCUUGUAUUUCUAUAAUCUAUAC